CGGGUCUCGCCCUUUCUCCUCCUUCAUCAAACCUCCGAGGCGAAGAAAAACGAAGCGCGUGGAUCUCGGGUUUCUGAUUACACCAAUGGCCUGUCAACAUGCAGCGCAGACGUAAAACCACAAAAGAAGAGCGCGUCUGUUCCAUAUGCUCACAGCACUUUGCCAAAGCGGAACAUCUGCAUCGCCAUUUUAGAUCCCACACAAAGGAGAAGCCGUUCACAUGCCCAGUAUGCGAGAAGAAGUUCACUAGACAGGAUACGCUUCUGCGACAUUCCAGGUCUCACCAGACUCCCCAACGCACGCUCACCGACGAGACCUCACCACCGUCUCGGACGCAGGAUAGUGGCAGCAUGAUCAUGGAAACCAUCCACAUACCGAAUGAAGCCCAAGAAGAAAUACUCCCAGUAUCGCAACACCAUGCCACAAAUAGCAUACCAGUGCCCGGAUCAAUGAACGUACCAUAUGAGCCGAUGACAUCAGGGAACUCUUAUCUAGACAACAUACUCUCCGAUACCAGUCCAAUGUUCCUUACAGAGCAGCGAUAUGCUUGGCUGCCUCAAUGGGAUGCCGAAAUGAAUCUCAGCACAGACUGGUUAGCAGAGCUUACCGGAGACCAACCUAAUGCCAAUUGGUUAGCAUCUCCACUACUGGAUUCCGUGUCAGACAUCAGCCCAUACACGACAGGGCUUUGUCAAGCAAUUCCUGGCCAGGCACCUGCGAACGCUGACACUACAACAACUUCAGAGCCCGAGCCCCGUCCUAGUUGUAGAAAGUCUGUGCAAAAGAGAUGGCACACCUAUACAGAUCCCCCACCGUCGGGAUAUGACACGCCUGAUGCAUCAAACGAUGAUCAUCAUCAAGUCGAUGAAGCGUGUCAUCGAACAUUGGCGGAUAGGUUACGCCAGCAGGUCCAAGAGGGGCCUGUCCCAUCGAUAGCAUUUCUUAACCUCGCCGUACAGGCAUACAUGUCAAACUUUCAGCCUAUUUUUCCCAUAGUGCACGCACAUUCAUUUCGGCCUCAUAGCAGAAAUGGGCUGUUGAUACUCUCAAUAUGCUCGGUGGGAAGUCUGUAUUUAGGUUCCACACGGGCAGUGUCAUAUGGUAUAAGUAUAUACGAAAGGCUACACAAGGCCUUAUUAUCCUCGUGGGAUACACACCUGGCAGAGUCACGACGAAGUAAUGCCAGCAUCCGCAGCUUUCAAGCGUGUAUAAUAGGUCAGGUGUUCGGUCUACUAAUGGGGCGGCCAAAGGAUCUCGUUCAAAUUGACUUUUUUCAUGGAAGCUUGGUCGCAUGGACUCGGCAGCUUAAGCUGUUUCAAUCAGCAGAACCAGAAUUAGAUGUCACUCGGCUUGCCCAGCUUGAGGGACAGGACUUGGAAGUAGCAUGGAGAAAGUGGGCAAAGAGUGAAGAGAGAACACGCCUUGUGCUUGCACUUCUCUUGCAAGACGCCGAAAUCGCCUCUCUGCUUCAUCACGAUCCAUUGAUGCGUCACUCGCUUGACACAAUUCCCCGGGCCGCUUCUAAGGAGGCCUUUUGUGCACCUGAUGCCGAGACCUGGAAGACUAUUGUAAUCAGCGAAGCAUCGUCGUCUUCCUUCCAAGAGGGACACACUAACGAGGAUACCACGAGCCUGUCCAGCUUUCCUUUGGUCUCUAGCGACUUUGAGUUGCUGGUCAUGCUACGUUGUAUAGGCGCUAUCCCUUUAGAACAGCACACUUUUCUGCCCACGCGAAACAAUGCUGUGAGUCAGCGCCGAGACGCUCUCAUCUCAUGGUACAAGCGAUACCGCAGUUCCGUUGCUUUUCAAAAGCAGGAAUCAAGUCUGAUGAUGCUUUGGCACUCUAUGUUCAUGCUCCUACACAUGAAUCUCGAUAUUCUAGAAUGUUUCUGCGGACGAGAAGGUCAAGAUGUUGCUGAGACGCAUCGCGAAGCAGUCAAAAGCUGGGCAAACUCUCGCGACGGCACGUCCUGCGUAAUCCAUGCCAUGCAUGUCAUAAGACACUUUGAGCGUCUGCCUAUGGGAUCGGAACCUCCUAUCCACUUUACUCUUUGUUUGUAUCGUUGCGGCAUUGCUUGGUACUGCUACAUUACCUUUGUGGACAAGGCAACACUACGUGCCGCGGAAGAUCUCACGAUCCCUGAAUUACAGGCUAUCAGCAGUCAUGGUGGGAUCUCCCUACUUCAGAAUGCUGUGUUCAAGGACAUCAAGGCUGGUGCUAGUCUACUGUUCAGGAUCAUACACCUAUUGCAACGGGCUAUUCACUGGCAGUUAAGCCGCAAUCUGGCUUCAACCUUGCUUUCACUUGUAGAAAAUGAGACGGAGGUUUUCUGAGUACCGAGUGCCGUUUCUCUGAACUACAAAUUGGAAAUGCAACAAUUGUACCAAGAGUCAUUUUUGUAGUCCCGCCGCCACACAAGCUUUCCCCGCAAGUUCCCCACGGGGUGUGAGAAAGACGUUGUGGGGAGAUGAAAGGCGCCAGUCUCAAUAAAGCUUAGGUAUAUGGGUAACCAAGGUCGCUCUUGAAGAGUGCAUGUUCAAAGUGGUUUUCUCAUCUGUUGCUCUCUUCCAUCAUGACUUCUUUUUCAGUCAGAAACACAAUGAACUCCCACGAGAUGCACGCAAGUGACGCCAUACAGUAUCUUUUCUCUCACCCGACAUAUGUUAUACUUUGGCUCUUCUUAUUG